AUGUAUGUGAGAGGGCAGUUUAAUCAAACUCAAUGCAAACAACGAUUCUAUGGGGAAUAUCGAGGAGCCUCGCUGAAAGUUCCACUUUAUGAAUGUGGAGUACGACGAAUUUACCAGCAUCAUCCUCGUGGUACGAUGUACGUUCUGGUUGUGAUAGCUAGUUUCCAUCCAAGAUUUUUAACAAAAUUCGACAGAGCUUACAGAGUAAAAUGCUUCUAUUCUCAGAAUGACAAAGAUGUCGAAUCAGGACUUGAAAUCGGUUCUUUGUACGCUGAAACAGUUGAUGAAUCCGUAAUUACACAACCCGACUGUAAAUAUUCUCUUCGAGAAGGGUCAGUUGAUGGGCCGUUAUUGCAUUACGCCAAAAUUGGAGAAAAGAUUGUUCAUCGAUGGGAAUGUGACAACCGUAAAGUCUAUUCAUUUACAAAAUCAGCUUUUUGA